AUGCAAAAAUGGUUUCGUCUAAGAACGCUACACUCAACACGUCCUUCUUUAGCCACUAACCCACUUCUAUACAGCCUUAAUCACCGUCGUCCUUCCAAUGUUCAACUGCAGCGUGUGAUUGCAUUGAGAGAUCUUCAGGCACGAUCGUUUGCAUUUUCCGCUAUCCCUAGAUUCGUCUUACAUGCCAUGCGAAUUCCUGUUGCCGGCGUAACUGUUGGAGUUGGUGGUUUAACUUAUGUCAAUUAUAAACUAAAUGAUAUGGCAACUAAGAGUUCUGAUUUAUUGUCAUCUAUUUCUAAUGGAUUUAAAUCUGCUUUUGGAACUGUUACAGAUGGAUUGUCAAAAUUUGAUAUCGAAUUACAAAAUCCGAUAAACCUAGAUUUAUAA